CCAUGGAGCGGCCGGCGCCCGGCGAGGUGCGCAUGAGCCAGGCCGUCCAGCCCGCGCACGGCAGCCCCCGCGGCGAGCUCAGCGCCGGGCAGCUGCUCAAGUGGAUCGACGCCGCCGCCUGCCUGGCGGCUGAAAAACAUGCUGGGGUUUCCUGUGUUACAGCCUCAGUGGAUGACAUACAAUUUGAGGAGACAGCUAGAGUUGGACAAAUUAUUACCAUCAAAGCAAAAGUCACUAGAGCAUUCAGCACGAGCAUGGAGAUCAGCAUCAGGGUCACAGUACAGGACAUGUGCACUGACGUUGAGAAACUUGUCAGUGUGGCUUUCUGUACAUUUGUAGCCAAACCGGUUGGAAAAGAAAAGAUUCAGUUAAAACCAGUCAUACUUCUAACUGAACAAGAUCGUGUGGAACAUAAUCUGGCUUCUGAGAGAAGGAAAGUUCGUUUACAACAUGAAGAUACCUUUAAAACCUUGAUGAAGGAAAGUAACAAGUUCAGUGAUUCCAUUUGUGAUGAAGAGGAAGGAGUGGUUUCCACAAGGGGCACCUCUGUUCAGAGCAUUGAACUUGUCCUCCCUCCCCAUGCAAACCAUCAUGGAAAUACAUUUGGUGGCCAGAUUAUGGCUUGGAUGGAGACUGUGGCAACUAUUUCUGCAAGCCGCCUCUGUCGGGUGCAUCCCCUUCUGAAGUCUGUGGAUAUGUUUAAGUUCCGGGGACCAUCUACAGUUGGAGAUCGGCUUGUCUUCAAUGCCGUCGUCAACAAUACAUUUCAGACCUGUGUCGAAGUGGGAGUGCGUGUGGAGGCCUUUGACUGUCAGGAGUGGUCCGAGGGCCGAGGCCGUCACAUCAACAGUGCUUUUCUCAUUUAUAAUGCGAUCAAUGAUAAGCAAGAACUGGUCAUAUUUCCCAAAAUCAAACCCAUGUCAAAGGAUGAUUUUAGACGGUAUCGUGGAGCCAAGGCUCGCAAGAGAAUUCGUCUGGGAAGAAAAUAUGUUAUUUCCCACAAAGAAGAGGUUCCACUUUGUGUACACUGGGAUAUAAGCAACCAGGUAACCCUGAGUAAUGGCAAUGUGGAAGCUCUCAAAAACCUGGCAGCCAAAAGUGGUUGGGAGGUUACCAGUGCCAUGGAAAAGAUAAAAAUUUAUACUCUGGAAGAGCAUGAUAUUUUAUCUAUUUGGGUUGAAAAGCAUGUGGAAAGACCAGCACACUUGGCUUAUCAUCUCUUGUCAGACUUUACCAAGCGACCUUUGUGGGACCCCCAUUAUGUGUCCUGUGAAGUCAUAGACUGGGUGGGUGAAGAUGAUCAGAUAUACCAUAUCACUUGUCCUAUAGUAAAUGGUGACAAACUCAAAGACUUGGUAGUACUUGUAUCACGAAGAAGGCCUCUCAAAGAUGGUAACACUUAUGCAGUGGCAGUGCAGUCGGUUAUCCUGCCAUCAGUUCCACCUUCUUCACAGCACAUCAGAAGUGAAAUCAUAUGUGCUGGAUUUCUCAUCCAUGCUAUUGACAGCAGCUCAUGCACCGUAUCAUACUUUAAUCAGAUUUCUGCUAGCAUCUCUCCUUACUUUGCUGGAAAUCUUGGUGGCUGGUCAAAAUCCAUCGAAGAGACAGCAGCCUCCUGUAUACAAUUCAUAGAGAAUGCUCCUGAUGGUGGGUUGAUAAGUAUAUGUUAAAUGGUAAACUUUCAAUUACCUGUUUUGAUUUCCCACUUUUAAUUCCAAGCACCCUUAGCCUUGACACUUGGCAAGCUUUGGGGACACAAAUGACUUGUUAUCAGCCCAAACAUAAUGCAAUUAGAAAGGGAUCAAAAAACAAAAUUCAUCUCAGAUCAAAUACCACUGAUUUGGAUUAGAAUUAUUAAAAGACCUUUAAAACUGUUGAGUUCAUGUGUGGCUCUACUCCCUUCCGAACUGCCCAUAUGCAAGUUUAUGUGUUCUGUAACAUGGUACAAACUUGACUAAAAUGAUCAUAAACAUUUUUAGGCUGCAGUGGUGAAACAUGUUCUGCUUGGAAUUUUAUAAAAUAGAAAAAGAUAAGUUGGCUAGUUGAUUAAUAGGGUGGGAUUAUUCCAUGUAUAGUAAGUAUCUGUAUGUCAGGAGCAUCUGACAAGAUGUAUUACAUGUUUUAGGGCUUUAAAUUAGGAAGACAUUAAAACAUAAUGGAUUCCAAUCAAUUUUAAUAACAGGGACUACUUUACUAGUGUCAUUUAACAUAUAUUCAAGGUGACUGACCAAUUUAGUCUCUAUUGCUAUAUAUACACAAGAAAAGUACCUGCAAAAUGUGAUAUUGCAAAGAGAGAAUAUUAACUGAGCUCUUCUUUCAUAACCACAUUAACACUUUAUUCUCUAGACUUCCACAUUCAUUAUUCUGCUCUGUGAUUUGUCUUAGCUCAUAAGACAAACCAGCUUAUGUCAAGCUAGCCUCCUCUACAGGACAACGUUUAGAAGUUGAAGGACUUCUCCAUUCGAGUGUGGAGAAUUUAAGAGGUUAUAUACAUCCUGCUGUUAGUUUGUAUAUCUCUACCUCCACUUUCCUGGUAACCCCUUCCCCACAGCCAUUCACCAGCCUAGGUCUGGCGCUAGUUAGUUUAUUAUGUGACAGCAGGUUUUCAUGUAAUGAACUUUGGACUGUGCUCCAAUUUUAUGAAUUGACAUUUACAUGCAGUAAGAAAAGUGGAUAUGUAGAUUAAAAUGAUUAUCUUCUACAUUCCAGAAGUAGAAAGAAAGGUUUUUGAGAAUGUUCUUUAAUUUUUUAAAAAGGUGAAAAAAAUCAGCAGUCAAGGGGUUACUUCAUAUUAAACUUUUGUAUUUGCAAAAUUUCAGAGCUCUCCGACAAUUGAGACACUUCCAACAUCUGUCUGUCCUAUCGUUGAAUUUAUAUUUUUGGAGCUUUUUCCUCAAUGGCAACAGUAAUAUUGUGAGUUUAAAGGAAGAGAGUAACUGGCUGGGUCACUGUCAGACAUGAAAAUUUUGCUCACUCUUGAUUUAUACCACAGGCAUAGUCUAUACCAGCACUCUCCAAUAUGGCAGCCACUAGCCACAUGUGUCUAUUUAAAUUAAACUAAUUAAAAUAAAAUAAAAUUUAGAAAGCAGUUCUUCAGCUACCCUAGGCCCAUUUCAAGCAGUACUCAUCACAUGUGGUUAAUGGCUAGCAUAUUGGACAGUGCAGGAAUAGAACAUUUCCAUCAUCACACAAGCUGCUUUAGCUAGUGCUGGUCAGUUGUGUUUGUCUCUGUGUUAUAAUGCAGGCAGGUCCUAUUGUUUUCCCAUUUUCACCUGUCAUAUACCAAGUGGUCCCUUCUACCCUUGCUAAAAGAAAUGCUUCUGGACAAAGACCCAGGGCUCACCCAUCUGGCUCUUUCUUGGAUCAUUCAGCACGGCCUAAGUUAAAGGGCUCACUUUCAGACUACUAGACUAAAAAGACUUGAAGAGGGUGUGACACAGGAAAAGAUAGCAAUACAUUCAGGCUCUACUUAGGGCUUCUCAAAAAGUUUAAAAACCAUACCACAACUGCCUAGGCAUUCCUUUUGUAAAAUUCAACAAUAGGCCUUAGGUUUGUAUUUAUUUGUUUAAUGGAAAUAUGUCUGAUCGCUGUUUCAUGCAUUCAGUAAAUAUUUAUUAAGAGCCUACUUUGUACUAAACACUUUUAGGAACUGUGUUCAGCAAGGAAUGGAAAUGUCCUGAACACUCAUAAAUAAAAUAAACAAAUAAUGUAGGAUAUUAGAAGAUCAGUGUUAUAUGGCAAAAUAAAACAGGGUAAAGGAGGUGAGUACUGGGGAGACAUUGGAGAUGGUCAUUCAUAUUUUAAAUAGGAUGGUUAGGAUAUGCUUCAAUGAGGUCCAUUAGAGCAAAAUCUGAGGGCAGAGAGAGACUGAGCCAUAGGAUAUCUGGAUGGUACCAUUUCCUGCAGAAGGACUAGCCAAGGUAAAGCCCCUGAAGUGGGAAUGCUUCUGGCACAUUCUAAGAAAAAGAGAGAGAAGCUGGGAAGACUGGAACAGAGAGAGAAUUUAAGACAGCCUUCCCCUGUUCUCUUUGGUGCUCAGGCUUUAAGCAGACAAGACUGCUCUAAGGGUGAGCAGCUAAGCUGGUUCAUCAGCAGGCACUCUUAACUCCUGGAGACUAAAGACAGAGGAAACAUAAAAACGUAGUCAUGCUUGGAGUGUCAAGGUAUCCUUAAGGAACACUCAUGAUUUCAUGUCUUUCUUGAUUGUAAAAGUUUUCAAGUGCUUUCAACAGGACUGGAAGCUUUUUGAUUAAGAAAGGAAGCUCAUUCUUAUUAAUUAUUCCCAAUUUUAAUGCAACUGAGUUCCUGAUCUAUAUUCAGGUUUCCUGUCAUCUUCUCAAAAGAAGGAAAUCUAGGGUAAAUAUGAAAAUUGAUCAGAAUAUAAUUUACCCUUAUACUCAAACACCUUUAGGAAAUGAUGAAAAAUUUUAUUAAAAGUAAAAGGAAGUGGAGGAUUCAAGAUAGGGGCAUGAGAGGUGAGAUGGAGAAUUCCUCCCAAAACCACAAAUAGUUUGAAAAUGUAGCUAAUUGAUACAACUAACCCUAAAACAGCAACAAGAAAGAGGGCUGAAC